CCCUGACUUACACACCCAAUCUCAAACCAAAAUUCCUCUGCAAAUCAAUUAAUAUCAUUAAUCACAAGGCAAAGUGUAUUGAAUUGUCAUGGCCUCCAACAAGUCCUUCAUGAUCUUGUCCUUCUUUUUCAUUGCAAUUUGCUUCUCAGGCAUGAACAUUGGCCUAGCAGCUCGCCAUCUUCUGCAGCAGACAACUCCUCCUGUUACACCAACUCUGCCAAAACCAACAAUGCCAACUCUGCCUCCAUUCCCAACAUUGCCUACUCAGGGAGCCAAUCUUCCACCUUUGCCUACAAUGACAAUCCCAUCUCUUCCUACAAAUAUUCCAACUCUCCCAAAGUCCACUCUGCCACCACUUCCUGCAGUCACUUCACUUCCAACAAUCCUCACCACCAUCCCAAAGUUCACUCUGCCACCACUUCCUGCUACCACUUCAUUGCCAAACUUUCCCACAAUCCCAACCACUAUGCCUUCCAUCCCUUUCUUCUCACCACCACCUUCCACAACCAGCCCCUGAAUUAAUUCAUGAAGCUACUCUGUUUCAGUUGGAGAAGCACUCAUCUUUGGGGUUCAGUUCGGGAUUUAUUUGAUUGUUUAGCUCAUCUGCUUUUUAUGUUGUUUACUGUUAGCAUCAUACGUUGUUAUUUAUAGUCGUUUUUACCUCCAUGGCAUGGGAAUAUUGUAUCUUUCUUCAUUAUCAUGUAUGGUUUGAGACCUAUUUAUUGUUAUACAACACAGAUUACUUUAUCCAUAAUGAAAA